AUGUCUUCGGUACAUGCGGACCCUCCGCCACCGAUAGUAGCAGAACCGGGAGGAAUAAACUAUGCAACUGGAUCGGCACUUGGGAAGGGUGGUUUCGCCAUCUGCCAUCGAGCAGAACGAUAUGAUGGCAGCAAGCCUACGGGACAUCUUGUGGCGCUCAAGAUUGUCAAGACAAAGAUGGAACCCGCGAAGUUGGCACAGAAGUUCGUAACUGAACUACAGAUCCACUCGAAGCUGUCGCAUCGGAACAUCGUCACCUUCUACCGAGCCUUCUCUUUUCAGACGAGCACUUACGUCGUGCUUGAGCUAUGUCCGAAUGGAUCGUUGGCGGAUAUGCUGAAGAAGCGGAAAUACUUGACACUGCCCGAGAUUCGACGGCUCGUCAUCCAAAUAUGCGGUGCUGUCAAGUACUUGCACCAUCGACACAUCGUUCAUCGAGAUCUGAAGACUGGCAACCUUUUCUUGGACGCCAACAUGAACGUCAAGGUCGGCGACUUUGGUUUGGCUGCUCUGCUUGUGACGGAGAAGGAGAUGGAGGUGAAGCGAAGGACGACGAUGUGCGGGACACCCAACUAUCUUGCACCCGAGAUCCUGGAGAAAGGCAAGGGCCAUGACGAGAAGGUGGAUCUAUGGGCUAUCGGAGUGAUAGCCUAUACCUUGGCUGUCGGAAAAGCACCAUUCCACGCCACCACGAAAGAAGAGAUCUACAAGAAGUUGAAGUCUGGGACAUAUUCCUGGCCUGAGCUCAGCGCAACAACCAACCAAAGUGCGGACCUGCGAGAUCUGGUGGCAAGUCUACUUGUGCCGGAAGACCAACGACCACUGCCCGAUCAGAUUGUCAGCCAAAACUUCUUCAAGAUCGCGUUCGUGCCGGCCAAUAUACCUUCUUCUGCUCGGGAAAAGGCUCCAACCUGGACGGGACUGUCUAUACCCUCGCCAGAUACUAUCAGCAGAGGCUAUAGCUCGACGUGGUAUGCUUUGUGCAAAGAGUCCGGAGUUGGCGAGUACGCAGAAGGCAAGGGCUUUGCGCUGAACGGUGGGAGGCGAGUCAAGAGUAUUGUACACGAUAUGGCACGGGAAGCACAACUUGGGACUCAACCUACCAUGCCGAUACCAAAGGACGUGGUGUAUAUCUCGACUGUAAGUAGCUGGGACAGUCCUGAUUCGAGCGAGGCUGCUUCUGGGAAAGAUGAAGUCAGGCCUCCAAGCCGCAGCAGAGGGUUGAGGGAGAUCGCACAUAACGAAGUGGCCAGUAGCCGACCAGAGGUUGCGGCACGAAGAGCUGCGAGAGACGCUGAAAUGAUGCCUCCACCUCUACGACCAUCAUCACGAGUUGGCAGGACUGGCACUGUGCGCAAGGCGGGCCGGACCAUCAGCGAAGAGACAGCCAAGUCUGCCGAGCCCGUGAGAAUAGCAUCGGACGAGCCUGUGCCGACUCUGCGAGUGUCAAAAACACGUCAAGCACCCACAUCAGCCACUGCUGCACUGAGAGAGCUUUACUCGUCUUCCAGCUCAGGCCUACGAUCAGAAAAGUCUCGACCCCCGUACGAUUCUGAAAGCGAAGCACCGAAGCGCGCAGGCACGAUCAAGAGGACAGCGGACGCCAGUCUUGCGAGGCGACCACGAGCCCCAAGUCGACAGAUCAAGCAAGAACGGCCACUUUCACCAGACGUCCUCGGACCGCUGGCUACUUUAGACGAGCUGAAGCACGUUUCACCUAUAAAGCGAUCAAGGAAGAAGCAGAACGAGCCUGAAGUGAUCGAGAUCUUGUCGGACCAGGAGCCAGAUGCGAAGCCAUGCCCAGCAGAACUUGCACUGCCGCCCAUACCAACAAUGUCACGGAGACUGCCUAUACCGCCGAAACCCAGCCAUAACAGAGAUUGCGUGCCGGGCACCGACCCGGAUACCGUGUUGGAACGCCUGAGCAUACUCCGGGACAAUCUUGCCUCAGCAUUACAGGACCGUGCAUGCUCCUCAGUGCCAGAAGUCGAGCCACUAAGACUGCCCUUCGUUUCGCGCUGGGUAGACUACAGUCGGAAGCACGGCAUUGGCUACGUAAUGUCAGAUGGCACAGUCGGCUGCAUCAUCAAUGCCUCUGCCAAGAACCAGACGCCAGUAACACACACCUUUGUGCGGAAUGGUCAACGAUGGCUAGCGCGAGUCGGCAAGAAUUUCGAGAACAUUGAGCAGGUACCUUUGGAGAUCCUAGAAGACCGAGGUGAAGACGGCAUUGCACGAAAGGUCUACAAAGGCCUUGGUAGUGUCAAGGAGGGCCCGUUAGCUGCCGAGGCUGAGCGACGGAAGACGCUGAGUGUGCUUUGGGUCAAGUUCGGGAGGUAUAUGUGUCAAUCGCUUGGUGGUGACGAGGAAGAGAUUGGAAGAAAUAAUGAGAAUUUCGUUCGCUUCUAUCAGCGGAUAGGUAGUGUGGGUGUUUGGGCGUUUGCGGAUGGGAGUCUACAGGUGCACUUCCCCGACCACACCAAGCUCGUGCUGUCAGCAGCUGGGACACAUAUAUCAGCCACCUGCAUCUCACCAGAUGCCGCAUUGUAUCUGGCCUCGCACGGCGACCUCCUCCCUCAUCACGUUAGUAGCCGGGAGGUCUUCGCCGAUAGCGUUCACUCUCUGCUCCACGAAGGAGGACGAAUACGCUCGAGGAUCGUGAAAGCGAAUGCUUUGGGUGAGAAGCUGCGAUUCGUGCUCAAGAUUGUUGAGCAGUGGGUGACGAACGAUGGUCUUGGAAAACUUGAUGAAGAUAAUGGUUUUGCUGGUGAGAUGGGGAUGAGAUGGACAGGUGCUGCUGUUGGUGAGGGAGGGAGGAAAGUCGAUUUGGUUAGUGUUGGCCGGAGAGGAGGCGAUGAUGAUCUGAAGUUGUGA